UUCCCCCAGUAAUCCAAUGCAAUUAUGCAAUUGGGAUCGGCGGCAAGUUCGACGGUCGAAGAACCGAUGAGUUUGCCCCCGAAUUUGGAUUGGAAAACCGGCCAUACGAUUCUUCUCGAGCUCGUAUUCUCCGAGCAUUUAUCUUUUUUAAUUUUUAUUUUUCAUGCAAUUCUUUCCUAUUUAGCUCUUAAAAAGAGAAAAAAGAGAAGGAACAUUGAAAUGAAUUUGCAAAUUUCAAUGCGUUCGAAUUUUCUGCAGAAAAAGAACACAUUGACGGCUUUCCUUCGUUUGACGACAAAGAAAGUGUUCGAUUUUGGUUGUUCUUCCUCAACAUUUCCGAAAUUCAGUUUCUGUUUUCUAGCUAGCAGGAUUCUAUUUACGGAGAAUCCUCUCUGGGUUUGGCUCUGUCUGCAAAUUUUGUAGUUUACCUUACCGCCGAAGCCAAAUCUUUGUUCACGGAACCCAAUCUGUCAAUGAACUGCCCCGGAAGCUCAGAACCCCUCUGUGCGUUACGGUGAACGGACAUUCCAUGUGAAAAAAGUUUUCAUCUUUCCGAUGGUGAAACUGAUGCGAGCCUCCCCUGCUUUGUUACAUUCUACAUUUCCACUGUUGUGUCAGCACAUGAAGAGGAGACUUUGACAGUCUGUUAGGGUGGACCAUUUUCAGAAAACUCCAAAACGGGGUUCAUUAAAUAUUGUUGGAUGUAUGAUAUGAGAUGUAAGAAAAAGUGAACACCGCCCAUCCAUAUGUAUUGUGUAGUAUAGGAGAGUGGACACUUGUGGUUUCACAUUCUGUAUAUGUUGUGUGUAUGUAUAUGUACGUAUUUGCUUUGACUUUUCCAAAGUUGAUUAGCAGUCAAGCAAAGCAAAUGGAGGGUGAUGAUGGUAGGUGCGAAAAGUUGGCUGCACAUCAUGUCCCGUGGGAUCACAACAAGGCUUGCUUUAUGAACUCAGCCCUGAAAGCUUAAUGCUCAAUCAAACAGUGAGGGGAGUGAAGUUGUGGGGAACAGUGGGGAAGAUGUGAUGGCGCUUCAUAAAAUGCAGUGACUUUCUUCCAGGUUUUUUUUUUCUCGGGAAUGGUUUUUGGUUUGGAGAUCUGACUAGCGGGAAGCUGAGAGUGAAGGAUGGUGGAGGAGACGGUCCAGGGGCCAAGUCUCCCUGAGGAGAAGAUACUUGUUUCUGUCCGCUUGAGGCCUCUGAAUCAGAAGGAGAUUGCAAGAAAUGAUGUUUGCGAUUGGGAGUGCAUAAAUGAUGACACUAUCAUAUACAGGAACGUUCUCUCUGUCUCAGAGCGUUCUGUUUACCCGAAUGCCUAUACUUUUGAUAGAGUUUUUGGGUGUGAUUCCUCCACCAGGCAGGUUUAUGAGGAAGGAGCAAAAGAAGUUGCUCUCUCAGUUGUCAGUGGAAUAAAUGCUAGUGUGUUUGCUUAUGGACAGACGAGUAGUGGGAAGACGUACACUAUGAGCGGUAUAACAGAGUAUGCAAUUGCAGAUAUAUACAACUAUAUUGAGCGGCACAAAGAAAGGGAAUUUGUUUUGAAGUUUUGUGCAAUGGAGAUUUACAAUGAAUCUGUCAGGGACCUCCUCAGCGCCGAUAGCACCCCUCUAAGGCUUCUAGAUGAUCCGGAGAGAGGGACUAUAGUCGAGAAACUUACAGAAGAACCUUUAAGGGACUGGAACCACUUCCAAGAAUUACUGGCUGUUUGUGAAGCUCAAAGACAAAUUGGAGAGACAGCCCUUAAUGAAACAAGCUCCAGAUCACAUCAGAUCCUCAGAUUGAUAAUUGAGAGUUCAACGCGUGAGCUCUUAGGGAAGGAUAAUUCAAGCAUGCUUGCAGCGACUGUGAACUUUGUGGAUCUCGCGGGAAGUGAACGGGCUUCUCAGUCACUGUCAGCUGGUGCAAGGUUGAAAGAGGGUUGCCAUAUCAAUCGCAGCCUGCUAACUCUGGGAACAGUCGUUCGCAAGCUGAGUUCUUUUUUUCUGGACGAAUUCAGCAAGGGAAGAACGGGGCAUAUUCCAUUCAGGGAUUCCAAGCUAACUCGAAUCCUACAGUCAUCAUUAGGGGGAAAUGCGAGGACUUCCAUCAUCUGUACCAUGAGUCCUGCACGAAGCCACGUUGAGCAAUCAAGAAAUACACUCUUGUUUGCAAGUUGUGCGAAAGAAGUUACUAUUAAUGCACAGGUUAAUGUGGUCAUGUCUGAUAAGGCACUGGUAAAGCAUUUGCAGAGAGAACUAGCUAGAUUGGAAAGCGAGUUGAGAAGUUCAGGAAUAGCCUCUGUCACAUCUGAUACUGCUGCAUUGCUGAGGGAGAAAGACCUUGAAAUAGAAAAGCUAAAGAAUGAGAUAGCAAAGCUAACUCAGCAACGAGACCUUGUUCAGUCUGAGGUUGAGGAUUUGCGAAGAUUGGUUGAAGAUUGUGGACAUUCAACUGUUCAUGAACACAACAUUUACCCAAAACUUCGAGUACGACACUCUUGGGGAUAUGAAACUCCAACAUCAGAUAGACCCAUAUCUGUCGAUUCACACUGUGUGAAAAUUGGUGUCAGCACAUUCGAUGCAUCCCAGUAUUCCGAGGGACACAGUGGGACAGAUUAUGAGGAAAAUGCAGCCCGAAUUCCUGAUUUUGACGUCCACUCGUUGGGAUCUGAUCCCUCUUCAGAGAUUUCAAUUCCUAUUCUUAGUGCUGGAAGGAACAGCAUUUCUCAGGACGAGAGUGAAGAGUGCAGAUAUGAUGAUUCCGAGGAUUUCUGUAAAGUAGUUCGCUGUAUCGAAAUGGAAGAUGACUGCUCAAACUUGCAGAUAGCCUCUAAUAAUGCACCCAAAUGCACUCAGGAACCGCAAUGGGAUGGACCUAUACAUCUCAGGGUAAAGGAAGAAGAUAUCAUGCACUUGCCGGCCGCCAAGUAUGGAGAUGGAACCAAACCCGAAUCACAGGGAUCACCAAAUUUGAAGGAAAAUAAUCAGUUGGAAAGUGUGCCCUAUGCUUUUGUUUCCUUAUCACCGGAAGAACCAUUCGAGAUGCUGCAGGAGAAGGAAUUCUCGAGCUCGCGAAGCUUCAAGAAGGUGAUCAGGAGCAGGAGUUGUAAAGCCAGUCUCAUGGGAAACCUGUCUUUAAGUUCCUUCGAGGAGGUAGAAAAGAAUCAUAGCACGCUGCCAGUAGAAGACAAGGACCAUAGCGGAAUGCUUGAAAGAUAUGACAGGAAACUCUGUUCAUUGGAUUAUGCUGCCCCUACCACUUUGUUGUCAAGAAAUGGUUCUCAAAAGUCAGGGGACACUGCUGCAAUUAAUGGGCUUGAAGAUCAGUGGGCCAGAGUUAGCCCACAUGAGAGAACUAUCAUCAUUGAAGUCGGAUCAGAUGACAAGGAUAACAGUGUUAGAAUCAGAUUGGAUGAGAAUAAUCAGCAUGGUGAUGAGGAAAAUUGCAACAGUGUGAUUAGUGAUGAUGAGGAAAAUUGCAACGCCGCGAUUAGUGAUGAUGAGGAAAAUUCCAACGCCGCGAUUAGUGACGAUGAAGAAAAUAGUAGUAGCUGCCAUUCAAUUUCAGAGACAAAGAUUGCAAUUGAUGCUCAUCAAGAGGAUCAAUCUGCCAAUCCUGAUGAGGCAAAACAAUUGAAUACGAUCACAUCUCCAGCAAAGAAGGUGAGGGACAUAGGAUUGGACCCAAUGCAGGAGGAUCCUGAAAGCCCUGAUCAUUGGCAGUUACAGUUCAGGAAGAUCCAGAAGGAGAUUAUUGAGCUCUGGGAUGCGUGCAAUGUUUCAUUGGUUCAUCGGACUUACUUCUUCUUGCUCUUCAAAGGUGACCCUGCAGACUCCAUUUACAUGGAGGUGGAACUCAGGAGACUGUCUUUCCUCAAGAACACGUUUGAUCGGGGGAGUCAAACUCUGGAAGGCGGUCGCACCCUGAGCGCGGCAUCAAGCCUGCGGGAUCUUUGCCGCGAGAGGCAGAUGCUGAGCAAGAAGAUGCAGAAGAAGCUCUCUACAAUAGACAGGGAGAGGCUCUUCCUCACGUGGGGCAUUGGCUUGGACUCGAAGAACAGGAGCUUGCAGUUGGCCCAUCGCCUUUGGACCCGCACAGAUGACAUCGACCACAUAUCUGAAAGUGCCUCCAUUGUGGCGAUGCUUGUGGGGCUCGUCCCUGCAGAGGAGGCCCCGAAGGAAAUGUUCGGCCUGAACUUUGCGCCUCGGGGAUCAGGCAGGAGAUCAAAUGUCUUCAGAAAGAGAGUGUUAUCUCUACUGUGAGGUCGGCGGCCCAAGUCUAUCUCCUUUAUGUUUGCCAAUACAAUAUCGGUUCUUCAUGCCUCGGCGAUCAGUACAGGUUAAAUACAGGUUUAGAAAGACUCAGGUGCUUGUCUUCCGAGUUGUCUCUGUUGUAAGUUAGAUGUGUAAGUCACGUUUAUUGGCUGUCCUAUUAACAGGCAGAGUGUUCUUCGGCCUGUGAUUAUUGAUGUGGUUGGUAACAUUUGUACAAAAGAAAGGCUUUGUAAAAUUUACUGGAGGUCGGAGACUUGUGGCAAUUGAAAUUUGAUCCUUUAAAGUGUU